ACGCCUCUCUCUGUAAGCUCUCUUUCUUCACCAAACCUAAACCCCACUCCACUUCCCUUCUACAAGAACCCCUCAAUAAACCCAUAAGAUUUUAAAGAUUUUGUAAAAAUGACAGAGGCAAGAGAUAGAAGAUCAAGGACGGAGGAUCUAAUGGACAUCUAUAGUCGUAGACGGAGGACAACUGUAAGGAAUGAAGGAGGUGGCAUUGUGAUUUUUCAGGAUGAACAAGAGGAUGCGUCAGCUACUAGAGCAAUUUUCCGUCCAGGUACUACGGCGGCGAGGGUGGGUUUGGGUGGUGGUGGUAGGGGUGGUAUUGGGAGAAGAGGUAAUUUUGGGACGCCAAGACGGAACUCGCAUAGAACGCCGGCUAGGGUGAUUGGUCGAGAGAACAUUUCACCGUCAGGCCGGGGUCAAGGGCGAGGACAGCAAAGUGUGCUUCCUUCUUGGUAUCCAAGAACUCCUCUUCGUGAUAUCACUUCCAUUGUCAGGGCUAUUGAAAGAAGAAGAGCUCGCUUUGGAGAGAGCGAAGGCCAACAACUUGAGAGUCCAAUACCACAGAACCAGACUGUUCUUGAUCCUUCUGAAUCUACAUCAGGUGCUCAACUUGAGCACAAUAAUUCAUUUAUGACUCCACAUCCUACAAUUAGAAGCAGGAUUUAUCCCAAAUCUGUAGGUAAAGUGCCAAAGAUAUUGCUCGAUAUCACACAUCAGAACGACUCUGGAGACUUAGAUUGCCUCACACCACAAAGAAAGCUGCUAAACUCAAUCGACAAAGUUGAGAAAGCAGUGAUGGAAGAACUGCAUAAGUUGAAGAGAACUCCAUCUGCUAAGAAACAAGAGAGGGAAAAAAGAGUUAGGACUUUAAUGUCCAUGCGCUGAUUCGCUAAUUGAUAUCCACAGCUCAAUCAAGGUUGAGGCACAAAGGGUUAUUAAAUUUGGAGGAAAGGAGAAGAGAGCAGCUGAGCAAUGUGGUGUAGUUGAUCAUCUUCUGAUGAUCAAGCUCUCAGUUGAACUAAGACACACUUUGAUAUCUUUCCAAUCCUUAUAGUAUAUUGCAGUUAGAAUAUUAUCCAGGUCUAGAAUAAUAGUGCUUCACAUCUUGCUGAAGUUUUGUAGUUUUAUCUCUAUCAUUCUUUGAUGGUUUUAGGUGUUUGAACAUGUACAAAGUGCCUGACAUUUGUUCCAUAGUUUACAAUUGUUACCUUUUAUGAUAAGUAGCUGUAUUUCUUUCUGA